GGUUUGGGGUUUAGGGGUAAGGGUUUGGGGUUAAGGGUCAUCUGCGUGGUUGGAAGCGUGAGGGAGGAAUGCUACCCUUCGCAUGGUUGAGGGUUGAGGGUCGAGGAGUAAGGGCUUAGGGCCUUAAGGCGUAAGGGCUAACGGUGUAGGGGGCAGUUAAGGGUUUGGGCUAAAGGGUAGGCGAGUUCACGGGUAAGGGUCAGGGUUGUAGGGACGUAAGGGUUCGAGGUGAAGCGUGCAGGGAACAGGGGUUAAGCGUCACCUUCACGGGUAGGGGUCAAGUGGGAGGACGAAACGAGAGAUGCGAAGCUCCGUCAAAGGCAAUUACUACGAAGAGAGAGAUCUGCAUAUCAUGGCCACGACUGCUUGUACUUGAUAAGCACUAAAACCACCAAUAUCUGAGCAAAGUGCGCUGGCGAUUAAACCACCAGUACUUGGCCCAUAUGUCGGCCGCGGGGCGUUGUCGUUAACGCCCCGCAAGUUUCGGAGGCUGAUGCUGCCAGCCAAGACAAUUUUUUUUUGUUUCGCUGGCGAGUUCGAGCGAAACGGCGCGCAGGGCUUAUCCGGGCUCGGCAUUGAUAGCUGGGCCAAGUACUGGUGGUUUAAGAAGGGGGCUGUGCGAUGGACCUACGAACCUGCAUGUUGUGCCUGGUCAAAUUCAUUCAGAAUUGAAAAACUGUCAGCGGUGCGCAGAAGCAGUGCCGGAUACUUGCGGUUUAAGAGCAGUUAGGUCUCUUAAGGUCUUAGCUUCAAAGCUUCAAAGCUUCAAAGCUUUGGCCUUUUCGCCACCACCUUAUUCAUCGGCAACCGGAUAAGGUUUUGCAACUACUCGCAGCCUUAUGCGGAGGCAGCUGUGGGUACCGUCUUCCCCCGAACAAACCACACCCUGAUAAUGAAAAUGUAUACAAGCUAAAUUUCCGGUCAGGUACAAGCCAAAAUGAGCGACGUGCGUUGUGUUCGGGGGAAGACGGCAGUUAAGGAGUGUCGUACGGAAGGAGGUGUCACAACUAGUGGGCAUUUGGAAAGCAGUGACAGCUUUGUGCUAAGCUUGUCGACGUUCCACAGGAAGAAGCAGAAGACUUAAUAGUUCAGACGGCUGGAAGACAGCGUCACCAGUUUUAGAAGAGAGGGAGGAGAAAAAGAGGAAGGAGAAAAAGAGGGAGGAGGAGAAAAAGAGGGAGGAGUGUCGUGGUACAUCGACCUGUGUAUUAAUUGAUGAAGUUAUAAUCUGUAAAUACUUCAGAACAUUCGGAGUCGAGGAUCGAUGAGAGUGCAAAGAGUUUUCUGUCCCUUUUCAUUCUGUUUUCAUCACCAAGUGCAGGCACAGAGUAAGCAAGCGCACACGCACAUGAGAGAGAGAGAGAGAGAGAGAGAGAGAGAGAGAGAGAGAGAGAGAGAGAGAGAGAGAGAGAGAGAGAGAGAGAGAGAGAGAGAGCGGAGAGAGAGAGAGAGAGAGAGAGAGAGAGAGAGAGCAUGCAGUGCGUGAUGAUGGGGGAUGACUGGGAAGUGGAGUAGAGAGGGGAAAGUAGUGUCUGAUGUGACUCGAUUCAUAGCACCAAGUGAAGUAUUCUGAGGACUGGCACCAUCAGUAGUAGCAGUAGCAGAGUAGCAAAGUAGCAUAUCUUUUUUCCUUGAUCUUAUCUUUUCCCGGUGUUCACGUUUCUUUUUCUUUUCUUCUUUUGCCCUUGUGUCGUCCACGAAUUUGCAGUGAGAUUUGUACUAUGGAUCAUCAAUUUCACAGUGAAUCUGAGAACAAGCCUUCGGCUCUCCGAUGCGAGGACAAAGAGGUUGGAAGAGCUCCUUCUCGCCAGUGUGCAUAAAUUUUGGGAAAAAUGAUAAUCAGUAAGUACUGCAUUUGCAAUUUUGCAUCCUUCCACAAGACGCAGUGGCUUACUUAUAUUCUUGCUAUACCUAUCCAGGCAACCUAAGCUCUUUUCGUCGCCACGACGACAGGUUGGAUAGAGUCCUUCCUUUGCUGAGUCGAUGGAGUGCUGGUCGAUGGGGAGGAAUGUGGGAGAGGCCUGGCACCUUGAUUCUGGGUGAGGGAGAGGCCCUGGGGCUUUGGACACUGGGCUGCGUCUUUUUGACCAGGUGCCUUUCAUACUGAAGUACGGGAAAACAGCGCCGUACUGUCGCGAUUUCGAUUGCAAAAGUGCAAUUCACACUGGAGUUUUUGAAAACAAACAGGCCAAUCAUUGGAGUCCGAAGAAAUUUUAUCCUUGGAUAAAGUCUGCGCCUCUUUCCAUGCCACUGAAUCUUGGCAGCAGACCUUUUUCUAGUUCUAUUUUUGGCACUUUGCAGGUUCAGUGGACCUAGCUUCCAAGCAGGGCAAGUGCAGGGCAAAUGCCGGUAAUCUGGACAUCAUCUGCAGCAGUGCCUCUGCAGGCAUCUGGAGGCAAUCUGUAGGUAGUCUGCACGCCAUCGAGAGAUAAUAGGCAGCACAUGCAGGGAAUCUGCAGGGAAUCUGCAGGAUGUCUGCAGGACAUGUGAAGGCAUCUGGAGGUAGCCUGCAGAUCAUCGGGAGAUAAUCGGCAGCAUGCGCAGCAUAUCUGCAUUGAAUGUGCAUUGCAUGUGCAGUGAAUCUGCAGUGAAUCUUCAGUGAAUCUGCCGGACACGUGCAGGUAUCUGGAGGCUUCUGGAGAGUGUGCAGGCACCUAUAGGCUUCUGGAGAUUGUCUGCAGAAGUCUACGCUUAUCUGCAGUUGCGUAUAGAGAUCAUCUGGGCCGUGUGUGUGAUUGCUUGGUUCUGACUCCUGAGGCAUCUACAGGUAAUCUGCGGGCAUCUAAAGAUAACCUGCAGGCAUGGAAACAUUCCUAAGGCGAGCGGCGUGACUGACACCUACCGUAGUUUUUAAAAUGAUCAGUAUGGUUCUCCUGUUAACACAGAAAAUGCUAUGUAAAACACAGGCCGCAUUCGAAGAACGAGAAAAAAAAAAAAUGUUAGAGUUGUAUGAACUGCAGGCAACCUCCUGCAGGCUUCUAAAGAUAAUCUGCAGAUGCAUCUAAACGAGAUAAUGUGCAGAUGCAUCCAAAGCUACUGUAUGUGCAGAUGCAUCUGACGCUAAUCUGCAGACUAUCUGCACCGAUCUGCAGAUGCAUCUAAAGAGAAUCUGUGGGCAUCUGGGUCUAGGGUUCAGCAGGUGGGGGGGAGCAUCUGCCUGCUGGGCGACUGCAGGCAGUUGUGGACAUUCGCAGACUACCUGCGAGGGCCUCUGCAGGGCCCCUGCAGGCCUCUGCAGGGUAGCUGUAGACAUUUGCAGGCGCAAUAUUGCAGGGCAUUGCAGGCGCAAAAUUUGUAUCUUGGAGAUCUUGCGAAUACACUAGAAGUCCAAGAUCAACUCGCUAGAAUCGAAUCUGCUAUGACCUGCCGCGAAAGAGUUGGAUCGCUUAGUUCGAUUUCGAUCUACAGGCGCGGAAGAUGGCUGGUUGUCCGGACAACCCAAGUCUGAAAUAUGCAGAAGGUAGGAGAACGUAGGUUGGUGAAGAUGGAGGUGGCAAAGGUCCAGGCUUGUCGACCUUGCCUGUACGACGAUGUGUUCCUAGGAGGAAGUAGGUUGGUCCAUUACCCUCGAUUUGGGGAGGAAGGGCGAGGGAGUACGGAGCACAGAGGAGGAGGCGAGCGGAAAGAGGGAAAAAGGGAUCUGGGAGUGCAGUGGGGGUGUGGAUGGGCAUCUGCGGUUCCUAGGAGGAAGUAGGUUGGUCCGUUACCCCUCCAUUUGGGGAGGAAGGGCGAGGGAGUACGGAGCACAGAGCAGGCGGGGAGCGGAAAGGGGGUGGAUGGCGGGUGGGUAGGGGUGGGUAGGUGUAGGUAGGGGUGUGCGUGAGGGUGUGGGCGCGGGUGGGGAUCGAGGUGGUUAAGAACACAGGCUUGUCGACCUUUCCUGUAGUUAUGAGCGAGAGACGAUGUGGCCCGUAAUAUUUGUUAGUGUUGGCUCUACAGAGCAGUUGUUGGAGUUUACUGUGCAGUCAAUUGGAAUUUACUGUGGAAGCGAUUGCAAUUUACUGUUGGAAUGAUUGGAUCAUUGGAAUCAAGUAAAUUGUGCGACCGAUC